GCCAUAUUCAAAGCCAGGGGCAGCUACGGUUCAGAUCCACGGGGCAGAGCAUGACUGUCACCGAGAAUUGCUGCACCAAGUGGUGAUCCUCUCUUGAAUCGUUUUAAUAAUGAGCCUCGCAAAAUAGUGUUGUGUGUUCCCAACCGCCGAAGCAAAAUCGGUUCAUGCGAACUUUCCUUCUAUUUUCUCUCGGAAAAUCGCGUUUGUUUCCCGAGAAAAAUUUCUACAAACAGGUUUCCUGAACCUGGCCCAUGACUGUUGUUUCCCUUUUUCUUUCUUGAGCAAUUGGUUCUUACCGAGUUGUUUAGGGUUAUUUUUGUAAGGAAUAAUUGUGGCAGGCAAGCUCGUUGGCUUUCCUCAUUUACAAUAUUAUGAUUUUGAGGAGAUGAGUUUUGCUAGUAACGGUGUAAAGAGAAGUCACUAUAACAGCAUCCUGGUCUACUCUUUAUGCAUUGAUAAUGUGAAGUCUUGAAUUGAGUAUUGUAUACUCUUGAUCAUACACGAUCCAUAUCAAGUUGCAUUCUUCAUAAUUCCGCUCUAUGGGAUGGAGGGGGAGCUUCUACUUUUUAUUUUUUCUUCUUACUCUGGUGGAAUCCUCAAGCAGACCAGGGACGAUGUGGUUACUAGAUCUUGAUGCAAAGUCUCCAUCAGUCUACAGCUGGGCAAUCUCCAGUGCAAGCAUAUUUGUACUUGUUGCUCUUGUGCUGUCCAUGUAUCUUAUUGUCGAGCACCUAGCUGCUUAUAAUCAGCCUGAGGAGCAGAAGUUUCUAAUUGGACUCAUUUUGAUGGUCCCUGUGUAUGCACUGGAAUCGUUUUUGUCACUGUUGGAUUCCAAUGCUGCCUUCAACUGCCAAAUAAUUCGGGACUGUUAUGAGGCUUUUGCAUUAUACUGCUUUGAGAGAUAUUUGAUAGCCUGCUUAGGUGGUGAGAAGAGUACAGUUGAAUUCAUGGAAAGUCAACGGCUAAUUGAUUGCAGCACACCACUUUUGGAAGAAGCGUAUACUUAUGGGAUUGUAGAACAUCCUUUUCCAUUAAAUUUCUUUCUAAGGGAGUGGUACCUUGGUCGGGACUUCUACCAAGCUGUUAAAGUUGGCAUUGUUCAAUAUAUGAUACUGAAGAUGAUCUGUGCACUAUUGGCAAUCUUUCUUGAAUUUUUGGGGGUUUAUGGAGAAGGGAAAUUUGAGUGGAGAUAUGGCUAUCCUUACUUGGCAGUUGUUCUUAAUUUCAGUCAAACCUGGGCCUUGUAUUGCCUUGUACAGUUCUACACUGUCACUAAGGAUAAGCUGGAACCUAUUAAACCUUUGGCCAAGUUUCUUGUAUUCAAGUCAAUUGUAUUCCUGACAUGGUGGCAAGGUGUUGCUGUUGCAUUUCUUUUCUCAAUAGGUGCCUUUAAAGGAUCUUUGGCUCAGGAGUUGAAAACACGCAUACAAGACUAUAUCAUCUGUAUUGAGAUGGGUGUUGCUGCUGUGGUGCAUCUUUAUGUCUUUCCUGCAGUACCUUAUCAACGUGGAGAAAGAUGUGUCCGUAAUGUAGCUGUAAUGGCUGAUUAUGCAUCAUUGGAUACUCCUCCAGAUCCUGAGGAGGUUAGAGACUGCGAGAGAUCUACAAGAAUACGUUUGGCUCGUCAUGAUGAGAGAGAAAAGCGUCUGAAUUUCCCCCAGAGUGUUCGUGAUGUGGUCCUUGGAAGUGGUGAAAUUAUUGUUGAUGACAUGAAGUUCACAGUUUCACACGUAGUUGAACCGGUUGAAAGGGGAAUUGCAAAAAUAAAUAAGACUUUCCAUCAGAUAUCUGAAAAUGUGAAACGGCAUGAGGAGCGAAAGAGGAAUGCUAAGGAUGAUAGUUAUGUUAUACCCUUGAAUUCGUGGACAAGGGAAUUUUCUGAAGUCCAUGAUAAUCUUGUUGAAGGGAGCAUUAGUGAUAGUGGAUUGUCCAGUGGGAAGAGACAACAUUACCAAACCAAAGCUACAGCUUCUCGGAGAUCUGCCAGAUGAUUCACUGCUAUUUAUCAUACUGAAGAGGAAUGUUAAAAUGCCAUUUGUGAGUUUGACGAAGUUUUUUGACAAUGACAAUAUAUGGCAAAUAGAUUUGCUCUGGUGGUUGUCUCAGUUUGCUUGCCUUGUAGCAAGAUCAUACAUGCAAAGUUUUGAAGGGUUGAUUUGUUCCUACGGUGGAGAAAAUUGGAGAUUGAAAACCUUCAUGUCUUCCACUGUAAACCUGUACAGAGCCUCGAAAGAAGGCUGGCACCAAUGGGAUCUGACUAAAACUUUGCUGCACAGUCAUGGCUAGGAAAAUUCUGAUGCUGCAACAGGUAUCAGUUUGUCAUAUGCUUGAUUAUGAAUUGUAAGCAGUUCUAUUGUCAAAACCAAAAGUAAUGUACAUAAUGAUGACUUUACAUCAAUUCUCGCAUGGGAAGGGAGCAUUCUUUUGGGCGUUAAAAGAAUUGAAGACUUGCCCUUUGAAUUGAAAAUAUACUGUCACCCUCAAAUGAAAUUUCAGUUGUGCUAA